AUGUCAAGCCAGACAACCAAGGAGGCGGCAAAGGCCAGGACGGUGGUCGAAACGCUAUGCGAUCCAGAUAUCGAUGCCGAUAUGCUCCAUAUUUGGUCUGAAUGGAUCCAACCAGAGUGCAUUCUUAUCUUUCUUCCAGGGAACCCUGGGCUCAUCAACUUCUACAGAGAGUUCCUACGGAGCAUACAUGAAAAGAACCCUACAUGGGAGAUAGUGGGCAUCAGCCACACGGGGAUGUCUGCUAAGACUGGUCCCGAGGACCUCAAGCGUGUGUAUACGUUGGUGGAGCAGGUCGAGCACAAGGUGAAGGCAAUUAACGAUUUUGUGGAGAACAGGGGCAACCUCGCGGUCAAGUUGGUGGGCCAUUCGAUAGGGGCAUAUAUGGCACAAAAGGUGGUGGUACAUCCAGCGCUACGUGUUAACGUAGAGAUGGUUGGCCUCCUAACGCCGACAAUCAUCGACAUACACCGCAGCCCGAAGGGCGUACAAUUGACUCGCAUUUCCGAAUGGUUCCCCCGAUUCUAUGAGUAUGUGUCAAUAGUGGACCGUGUCCUUCUGGAAUGGCUCUUACCAGCCACCUGGAUUAGUUGGCUUGCACGCAAAAUAAUCGGUGGAAGCGACGAAUGUGUCUUGCAGAGUGCGGAGAAGCUAGUAAAGAACCCCAGCUACGUCCGCCAAGCACUUGGCAUGGCGCAACUGGAAAUGCACCAAGUACGUAACCAAUGGGACUUCCAAGAGGAAUUCAUCAAGACAUGUCAGGAGCGCCGCAGUAGUUUAUGGUUGCUUUUCAGCGGGCAUGACCAUUGGGUGCAUUCUGACACGAUGAAAGACAUCGUGGAGUUUUAUGAGGCAAAGUACGGCACGAAUGCCGAUAGCCUGUUAAGGAUAACGAUCGAUGAACAUAUAAGUCAUUCAUUUGUCGUAAAGGAUACCACGAAAGUCGUGAAUAUAUAUUUUUAA